AUGCCAAAGAAAGCUGCAGGAUUAAGGAAAUGUGGAAAGAGUUGCAGGAUAAAAGGGAGUGGCAAUCAAAGGCCGCCUGAUCUUGGGGAUGACAACUUCACACCUGAGGAAGAGGAUUUGAUUAUAAAGCUCCAUUCUACCACAGGAAGCAGCCAUUACUCAACAAGAAUUGCACCAUUAGGACUUGAAGCCUCCACUCAACAACAUUUCUUUAGCAAUGAUGGUAUAUCUGCUGGCAAUCAGUCACUAGAUCUUCUUUCACAGCUUCAGGCCAUUACAAUGGUUACUGACGCCACAGAUUACGCGAAACAUUCCAGCCAGCAAAUGCAGAUUGAAUGCACUUAUUCAUCUGCAUCAUCGUCAUCGCCAUCGCCAGAGUGUCCACCCUCGAAAACAAACCAAGCCAUCACUCCAUCUUCGGGGUUCAGCUGGUGCGACUUUCUGCUUGAAGAUUGUUAUGUAUCAACAAGUUCACAAGAGCAAGGAAAUUCAAUUGUAUUUCCACCAACUGAUGAACUGAAUUCAAUUCAAGUCCAAAACACUUCUGAUGCAGCCAAAAAAAGAAAUGAAUAUGCUCAUGAAGACAGCCGAGGCUUCAACUCUAGCAAGUGGUUCAUUUGUUGA